ACGUCAGUCACCCCGCCAUAAGCUCUGGCGGCUGCUUGAAGCUUCUGGUGCUGUCUCGUGGCGCCCGCCCUUGGUAUUUUUGCCUCCUACUUUUUGCGAUAAAACAUUUGCUGACGGCGCCUCCCAUAAUUGUGCUGCUCUCUUGAUAGCUGCACACAUAAACCAACAUUUACCUGAACCGCAAAGACCAACCAUCACCAUGUCUGUCGUCGGAGGCCCCGUUCCCAAGAACUUUGACGCUGAAAAUGCGGACAACCUCGAGGAUAUCGAGAAGCAGUUCGCCGUCAAGGCUGUCCAGCACAUGGCCACCUACUGGUCCAUCCUCGAGAAGGUCAAGGGCUCUACCCUGCGCCUGACCAAGAUCGACGACGAGAUCUACGAGCACCUCAAGACCGACUUCCCCGAGUUCGACCCCGCUGCCACCAUUGAUGAAGACGAGAUGAAGAGCAAAACCGGCAAAGAGAGGUGGCGCAAGUUCCUGAUGGCCUACGACAAGAGGGUCGAUGACUACAACUUUGGCACCAUGCUGCGCUCCAACCCCAAGGCCGAGUACACGGAGGAGGAUACCAUCUUCGUACCAAGAAUGCAAUUUUACGCCAUCGAGAUUGCGCGAAACAAGCUUGGCCUGAAUGACUGGAUCUACGAGAAGGCGCAGCAGGAGAAGGCUGCUGGAUCUAGCGCCUGA